AUGGGCAGCCCCCUUGCUGGUUCCUACGGCCUCGACGCCAUGGCCGAGGCCCGCCAGGCAGCGACCUUCCGCUUAGACCUGGACCAGGGGAGUCCCGGGCGGAGGUGGUGGAAUCCAGCCUUGAAGGAGGUCAGCUGUGCGGGGCUGCGCUCCUGGAGGCGGAGCCUGGCUCAGUGCAGGGAAGACGUCUUAUCUGGAGCUUGCCCGGCUGGCCCGUCCAGCGGCCUCUUCCUCUUGGCUGCCAUCCAGGGCUCACGGUUCAUGCAGCUGGACCCCUCUUUGGGGCUGGUGGACUGGAUCAAGGCCAGCCUCCCAGACUGGGGUGCGCGCUGGCUCCCAGGCUUCCAAGGGGCUCUGGCGGCCACCAUCUUCGCCGGGGGCCUCUGGAUGGCCCUACUGCUGACCCUGCAUGUAGUACUGCGGCUCCUCCUACGCUACCAGGGCUGGUUGAGCGAGCCUCGUGGGAACCUGUCCUUGCCCACACGCUCCUGGCUGGCCCUGGUCAGGAUCUUCUCCGGCCGUCGCCCGACACUCUAUACAUACCAGCGCUCCCUGCCUUGCCUACCCCUGCCCUCUGCAGCAGGCACUGUGGCCAAGUACUUGGAGUCUGUGCAACCACUGCUGUCAGAUGAAGAUUUCCAGGUCCUGAGCAGCCAGGCCCAGACGUUCCUACACACAGAGGCCCCCCGGCUACAAAUUCUUCUGGGCCUCAAGGCCUGGUGGGCAGCCAACUAUGUGAGUGACUGGUGGGGAGAAUAUGUCUACCUACGGUCCCGAAGCCCUCUACUGGGCAACAGCAACUUCUAUAUCCUGGAUUUCUUGUCCGCGGCCCCCACUCCUCUGCAGGCUGCAAGAGCCGGGAACGCUGUGUACGCCAUGAUGAGAUUCCGGGAGCAGCUUGGCCGCGGGAAUAUCGAGCCUACAACGCUGCUGGGGAUGCGUCCGCUGUGUUCGGCCCAGUACCGGCACAUGUUCAACACAACUCGGAUCCCUGGGGUCUCUGGAGACCAGCUGUAUCACGUCAGAAAUAGCUGCAGCCGUCACGUGGUUGUCUUGCACCGGGGCCGCUUCUUCCGCUUGUGGACCCAUGGGGGUCCUGGGGGCCGCCUGCUGAGCCCCCGGGUACUGGAGCAGCAGCUUCAGCACAUCCUGGAUGACCCAGCCCCAGCCCGGCCCUUAGAGGAGCACCUGGCCACCCUGACAGCUGCCCCCAGGGCCCUGUGGGCUCAGGCUCGGGCCUCCCUGCAGGCAGGGGACAGGAGCACACAGUCCAUCCUGGAGGUGGUGGAAAGUGCUGCCUUCUUUGUUUGCCUGGAGGAGACCCCGGGACCCUCAAAUGCAUCCCCCGAGGCACUGCUAGAUGAGCUAGCACGGUCCUUGCUGGUGGGAACUGGCCACAGCAGGUGGUUGGACAAGUCUCUGAAUCUCGUGGUCUUUGCCAGUGGACGCAUGGGGCUGAACGUGGAGCAUUCCUGGGCUGACACCCCGGUUCCUUCGCACAUGUGGGAGUCUGUACUGGCUGCUGAGUGCUUUGAACUCGGCUACUCAGCUGAUGGGCAUUGCAGAGGGACCCCCAACCCCACAGAGGGACCACCCGAGCGGCUUCUGUGGACAGUGCCUGAGGAGGUGGCCGACUCAAUCCCCCUGGCUCUGCGGGAGGCCCAGGCCUUGGCUAGAGACACUGAGUGCCACAUCCUCCCAUUUACCCACUUUGGGAAAGGAUUUACCCGGCGCUGUCGUACCCCGGGAAGCAGCUUUGUACAGCUGGCCCUGCAGUUGGCCAGAUUUCGGGACCAAGGCAGCUUCUGUCUGACCUAUGAGGCGUGCGUGACGAGAUCGUUUUAUGAGGGCCGCACAGAGACUGUGCGGCCGUGCACGGUGGAAGCCUGUGCCUUUGUCAGAGCCAUGGAGGACCCGAGGCUGACGGAUGUCCAGCGCCUAGCUCUCUACCGAGUGGCAGCGGAGAAGCACUGGGCGCUGUGUCGGGCAGCCCUGACUGGUGAGGGCGUUGAUCGGCACCUCUUCUGCCUCUACCUCGUCUCUCAGCUUCUCCAUCUCCCAUCCCCAUUCUUGACCCAGGUUCGGGCAGAGCGAUGGAAACUCUCCACCAGCCAGAGCCCGACACAGCAGCCACAACUGUUUGAUCCAGCUGGUCAUCCAGAUUAUGUUUGCUGCGGGGGUGGUUUUGGGCCUGCAGAUGACGAUGGCUAUGGUGUGUCUUACAUCUUCAUGGGGGAGAGCACGGUCACCUUCCACAUCUCCUGCAGGGUCUCCAGCCCUGACACGGAUUCCCGGCGGUUUGGGCAGCACAUCCAGGAUGCAAUGCUUGAUGUGGCUGCACUGUUUGGCCUAGGCAUUGGGCCCAGCACAAGGGCCCAGCCAGGUGAGGUGACCAGGGAGGACAAGAACUCUGUGAGAGCCCCCCAAGGGCCUGAGCAGGCACCCUCAGCUCACAGAGAUCCAGAGCACUGAGGGAGCUGUUCUCACUUGUGGGGGCUGGACAGAUAGGUUCUUGGUGGUCCCGAAGAAGACUGAGGAGCAAAGCUGGCAUCAUGGCAUCUGGAAUAAUGGCCCAGCCUCACCUGCUAUCAGCUCAU